GAGGCACAUUACAGAGACCGGUCCUCCAGAGAUGUGAGGGGAGUUUCAUACUUUAGGGGUUUUUUUCUUUUGCUUUUCGGUCCAAAACAAAUAACACGAAGCGGAGAUUCCUGUCUGGAUUAUAUUUCAUCACACUGCAACAGACCCGGUCCACAAAUGAGCAACAGCAGAUGAACCCGAUGAGGUCCAAUCAGCUGAUGAAGGAGGAGUGACCACCUCGCCCUCACCGCUCCACCGAGAGAGGGUCCAGCGAGGCUCCAGCCCCGCCCUCGCUUCGUCACCAUUUCUCCUCCGAGCCGGUCCCCCCGCCGCGUUUCAAAACUGUUUCUCCAACGCGUCUUCCAGAAACUCGGACUGUUUUCCAGAGCAGACGCAGCACAGCCCUCCCCGACUGAGGUGAUGGGAAGCGUGCGAGCCAGCCGCUACAGCAUUGUGUCAUCAGAGGAGGACGGCAUGAAGCUCGCCACCAUGGCGGUGCCCAACGGCUACGGGAACGGCAAGGCCAAGGUGCAGACGAGGCGCCAGCCGCAGAGUCGCUUCGUCAAGAAGGACGGCCACUGCAACGUGCAGUUCGUCAACGUGAGCGAGAAGGGCCAGCGCUACCUCGCCGACAUCUUCACCACGUGCGUGGACGUCCGCUGGCGCUGGAUGUUCAUCAUCUUCUGCCUCGCCUUCCUCCUCUCGUGGCUCUUCUUCGGCUGCGUCUUCUGGCUCGUGGCCAUCUUCCACGGCGACCUGGAGAGCGACGGGCAGAAGUGCGUCUCCAACGUGGGCAGCUUCACCGCCGCCUUCCUCUUCUCCAUCGAGACGCAGACCACCAUCGGCUACGGCUACCGCUACGUGACGGACGAGUGCCCCGUCGCCGUCUUCAUGGUGGUCUUCCAGAGCAUCGUGGGCUGCAUCAUCGACGCCUUCAUCAUCGGCGCCGUCAUGGCCAAGAUGGCGAAGCCCAAGAAGCGGAACGAGACGCUGGUGUUCAGCCACAACGCCACGGUCGCCAUGCGGGACAGCAAGCUGUGCCUGAUGUGGCGCGUGGGCAACCUGAGGAAGAGCCACCUGGUGGAGGCGCACGUGCGGGCGCAGCUCCUGAAGUCGCGCACGACGGCGGAGGGCGAGUACAUCCCCCUCGACCAGAUGGACAUAGACGUCGGCUUCGACAGCGGCGUCGACCGCAUCUUCCUCGUCUCGCCGAUCACCAUCGUGCACGAGAUCAACGAGGACAGCCCCUUCUACGACGUGAGCCGACAGGACCUGGAGAGCCUGGACUUCGAGAUCGUGGUCAUCCUGGAGGGCAUGGUGGAGGCGACCGCCAUGACCACGCAGUGCCGCAGCUCCUACGUGGCCGGCGAGAUCCUCUGGGGCCACCGCUUCGAGCCCGUGCUCUUCGAGGAGAAGAGCUACUACAAGGUGGACUACUCGCGCUUCCACAAGACGUACGAGGUGCCGAGCACGCCGCUGUGCAGCGCCCGGGACCUCGCAGAGAAGAAGUACAUCCUCUCCAACUCCAACUCCUUCUGCUACGAGAACGAGAUGGCGCUGGAGAGCAAAGAGGACGCCGACGAGGGGAACGGCGGCAGCGUGGGGCCCGACGGCACGCAGACGGACAACAUCUCGGAGAACGAGCACAGCCAGGCCACGGUGCCCCUCGAGCCGCGGCCCCUCAGGCGAGAAUCAGAAAUAUGACUCAUCAGGACCUCAGACCUCUUUGUGAGAGGGAUCGUCUAGAACCCGCCUCUCUGCUCCUGAAGGCGCCGCGAGCCGAGCCGGGGGCCUCGGGGGUAGAGGACGAGCGGUAAACGGUACUGCUGCUGUGGGAAGCGGCAAAGGUUUUAGGACUUUGUAUGUAAAGGUCAACUUGAACUUUGACCUCAUACAGUAUGACAAAACAUAAGCACUACGAUCAUGGACCAUGUGCAAACUGCAGGAAGGAUUCUCCAUGAAGUCCCCGAGAAUGUGUGCUCUGGUGACUGCAACAUGACAGA